UGUGUGCGCGCGCGCGCUGCGGCCAGAAAGAGAGCUGAGGUGAAGUGUCUCAGGAGCAUCCUCGGCGGGCCUGUGUGUACUCUGCGCGCCUUGGUGGUGUGGAGCCUCGCGCGCUUCCCUUCCUCCAGUCGCGCCGCCAUGUCCUCGCCGUCGUCUGGGGAGCAGUACGAAGAAGAGGAGGAUGGCGCUUACGAGAGCCAGGCCAAGCGGUUGAAGCCCAGCGCCGCCGCCGAGGAAGGCGAGAUCGAGUACGGGGCUGAGGAGGGCGAGAGCCGCCGGGAGAAGGCCGCCCCCCGCACGGGGGGAUUCUCCUCCGGGCAGGAUGCAGGUGGAAGUCAUCACAAAGUUUCUGUUUCUCCUGUGGUCCAUGUCAGAGGGCUCUGUGAAUCUGUUGUAGAGGCAGAUCUUGUGGAAGCUCUAGAGAAAUUUGGAACCAUAUGCUAUGUGAUGAUGAUGCCAUUUAAACGCCAGGCUUUGGUAGAAUUUGAAGACAUUGAGAGUGCCAAAAAGUGUGUGACGUUUGCAGCUGAUGAACCGGUAUAUAUAGCUGGGCAGCAAGCAUUUUUCAAUUACUCUACAAGCAAAAGAAUUACUCGUCCAGGAAACACAGAUGACCCCUCUGGUGGGAACAAAGUUCUACUCUUAUCAAUUCAGAAUCCUUUGUAUCCAAUUACAGUGGAUGUCUUGUAUACAGUGUGCAACCCUGUUGGGAAAGUACAGCGUAUUGUCAUAUUCAAGAGGAAUGGGAUACAAGCCAUGGUUGAGUUUGAAUCUGUUCUUUGUGCUCAGAAGGCAAAAGCAGCACUCAAUGGAGCUGAUAUAUAUGCAGGAUGCUGUACGCUAAAAAUUGAAUAUGCAAGGCCUACACGACUUAAUGUCAUUCGAAAUGACAAUGAUAGUUGGGACUAUACUAAACCCUAUCUGGGCAGACGAGAAAGAGGGAAAGGUCGUCAGAGACAAGCUAUUCUCGGAGAGCACCCCUUUUCAUUUAGACAUGAUGGCUAUGGAUCACAUGGUCCUCUGUUACCCUUACCGACCCGAUACCGAAUGGCGUCUCGGGAUACUCCGGAGCUUGUUGCUUACCCGCUUCCACAGGCCUCCUCCUCUUACAUGCAUGGGGGGAAUCCUUCAGGUUCUGUUGUCAUGGUUAGUGGAUUGCAUCCGCAAAAGAUGAACUGCUCAAGAGUCUUCAACUUAUUCUGCUUGUAUGGGAACAUAGAAAAGGUAAAGUUUAUGAAGACUAUUCCAGGCACAGCAUUAGUGGAAAUGGGUGAUGAAUAUGCUGUUGAAAGAGCAGUCACACAUCUCAAUAAUGUCAAAUUAUUUGGAAAGAGGCUUAAUGUUUGUGUGUCCAAACAACAUUCAGUUGUUCCUAGUCAGAUAUUUGAGCUCGAAGAUGGGACAAGCAGCUAUAAAGACUUUGCAAUGAGCAAGAACAACCGUUUUACCAGUGCUGGCCAAGCAUCCAAGAAUAUCAUCCAACCACCCUCUUGUGUGUUGCAUUACUAUAAUGUUCCAUUGUGCGUAACUGAAGAAACCUUUGUAAAGCUGUGUGAUGAUCAUGAAGUUCUGACCUUUAUCAAAUACAAAGUAUUUGAUCCAAAACCUUCAGCCAAAACACUCUCUGGUCUGUUGGAAUGGGAAUGCAAGACAGAUGCAGUGGAAGCUCUUACUGUACUUAAUCACUACCAGAUAAGAGUCCCCAAUGGCUCUAACCCAUAUACCUUGAAGCUUUGCUUCUCCACUUCCUCCCAUUUGUAGAGCAGAGGACAGCAUUCUUGGAGCUCCUUUCAUCUUUUAUUUCCAAACUUGAAACUAUGUUGGUUCACAAGCUCUAAACUACUUGCUCAGUCUCCUUGUCUCAAUUUAACUUAAGUUCAUUUUUGUUUUGUAAUAAAUGGAUGUCUAUAAACACCAUUUUUCUUUUGCCUAAAAAAAAGAGUAGAUGUCUUAAUAGUAUAAUAUGUAGAGCUUGUUCCCUUGUCUAAUUGUUAUCUACAGGUGUUUGAACUGCCUUGUGGGUAGCAUGUGCAGAUAAGCUGUAAACUGUUCCAGACCUUCAACUACAAUUUCCAUACCACAGUAAAAUGUAUACUUUCGUUAAAGGAUUUAUAAUGGGUACUUUCCACUUAGGCUUAAAGGGCAAGUAGAAUUAUUAUAUUGGGAUAUUAGUUGUAAAAAUCCUGGUUACUAUUGUUGGUUACACUGUAUGUGCUGUAACAACUCUUAAAAGCAGAACUGUGUUUAUAAAAAUAAACUUUUCAGAUUGUGCACACUGAUUUUUAGUAAUGUAAAGGUAUCUUAUUUUUAGAAAGAAGCUUCACAGGAGAAAAGUGAAUACUUUUUUGCAGAAUGGAUUUAAACUUACUUUAAAUUGUCCUUUCAGAAUAAUUUUUUCACCUGCGAUGGCAUGAUGUCCUUAUUGCUAACCCUAGCCUGGAAACUAUGUGCAUAAAAUAAAACUCUUGACCAUGAAUAA